UUUAACAACCGUAGCAGCGCGCGAAUCCAAACGGAACGGCAACGAAGCGGCAGGUAACGGCGACACUGCAACAAAGUGAUAAAUAAAGCAGCACAUCCCCGGACGCAUCGCAGUCAUUUCCGAUUGUUUGGCUCGGCAGGGAACGUCUGUUGUCUGUAAAAGAUGACUUGUUAAAGCUAUUUUCUGCAACAACAUUACAUCAACACAGCAAACUCUCGUCGCUUCACUAGUGGUUCAUUUUUAAAGUUAAAAAAAGUACAAUAUACUAAUCAUCACCAUGCCAUCAUCCGUGUGGCGGUAUUUGGUGGAUGGUUUUCAUGAGAAACUUGUGCUUGUGGCUUUAGUGCAGACUUUGGUGACUCAUCUAUUCGUGCAUCCAGCAGCAGCGAACGUGCUACAGGAAGAGUUUCGUGCACAACGAUCGCUUGCCAGCAGACAGAUCUCAAGCCGCCGAGACACACGCUUUUUGCCAAUAUUUACCGUGUAUCAGUGGGGUCAAGGGCUGUGUUCGGCCGCUUCCGGUGAGUAUGGAUCCUGCCAGCCCAACAACGAGUGCGUACUGCGCGGCGGCAUACCGGCGGGACCGUGUGCCGGUGGGUACGGGACGUGCUGUAUCUUUAUGGCAUCGUGUGGCGGAGUGGUGCGUGAAAAUGGAACUUACUUCGUCAACCCGAACCACCCGGACAGUACGGACGGGACGGGCAGCUGUCAGCUCACUAUUUUGAAGAUGCAUCCGGACAUUUGCCAAGUUCGACUCGACUUUGACCAUUUCUCGCUGAACGGGCCCGAAAUCGUGAACCACAUCUGCAACACGGACCAAUUCCUCGUGUCGGGCGGCAGUCCUGCCCCAACGAUCUGUGGCAGCGCAACGGGUGAGCACAUGUAUAUAGAUGCAGGAAUGGGCCAAAGCAAUCCCAUCAUACUGACCGUCAUUACGAGUGGACCAAGCUUCCCGCGAUCCUGGCGCGUUCGCAUCUCGCAGAUUCCUUGCGGUGCCAUCGCGAAGGCGGACCAGGGCUGUCUGCAGUACCACACGGGCGUGAGCGGUCGGGUGAAGAGUUUCAACUUUGACCCGCUCAGUGGACGUCAGCUAUCGAACCAGGACUACAGCAUAUGCAUCCGAACGGAGCGCAACUUUUGCAGCAUCCAGUACACGGCAUGUCCGGGUGCGGUGCCUGGCAAUCGGUCGCGCACCUUCACGCUGUCCGGCAACAGUAACAGCGUCGUGCAGGCGAUGGUUGGCGGCGGUACGCAAGGUUCACCCAACUCCUGCACCAACGACUGGUUGAUGGUGCCGUGUGCCAAGAUUGCGGACCGAUUGCCGAUGGCUAGCACGUGCGAGGACAAGAUUUGCGGCGGCACCUUCAAUGCGGAGGUUAGCUCUGUCGAGCGGACCGUCGUGUCGACGAUACGCCCGUUCCGGCUAGCCUUCCACACCGACUCCGUCGAAGCACCGACCGAUGUGGACAAUCGUGGCUUUUGUCUCGACUACGUGCAGCAACCCUGCACCAGCAAUAAGUAAUGGUGUGCUUCAUUAAACCGCCCUGUGGGCGAUGUACCGUUGUUCCGUUGUCCCGCUGUUCGGAUGUACUACGUGCAAUAAAUGUACUGUACCAGCUGAAGAUCGUUCAGUUUUGUACCAUUUUUUCUGUAAAACGAAAUGUUUCAUACGAAUUUGUUUAUUUGAAUCGUUUUGAUCUUUUGUCACAAUCAGUAGGUUUGUAUGUAUUGUUUUUGAUGAUUGGGUGUUUGUGUUCGCCCUUGUGCGGCCGGUUUUUAGCUCUGUGUAUGAUGAAUUCGUACAAGUUUACGCUUGGUGUAGAACACACAUUUCAGUUGUUUCAGUAAUUGGUUUUGGUACGGCUCAGCCAUUCAGUGUUUGAAAACUCAGCCCUCUUUCCCUCUGUCAUUCCUUCCAUUCAUUCAUUUUGGCCUCCACAAACUAACACUGCACUUCCUUUCUAUUGUGCGCUUUCUUCUCUAUUAUAACAAUGACACUUGCUUGCUAGACUCUGCCUUUCGCUCAACGUCGUUAAUAUAUAUCUAUAUACUUUUCUGUUUUCUGUAUGUGUAAUCCUCUGUGUAAUAUCUUUGCACCUUUUUGCAUAAUAUACUUUGAUUUUAUCUGUUGUCCAUCAACCAUUAAACAUUCCGAGUGGAUCAUGAAAAUG